AUGCGCAGCUCGCGGGCGGGAGAGCGAGGGGAGUGGAGGGGCCCGGAGGACUGGUCGGAACCGGGCGAAGGGGAGAGUGUGAUCCGGGUGCCCCUCCUUCAGGAGCUGGGAGACUGGCUCCCCCCCGCGCUCACGGCACACCCCUGUGUCCCGCAGCAGGGCGAUGGACGUCACGGCAGAACAGGGCUCCGCUGGACCCUGGACACCGGGGCUUCAGGACUGCCUCCCCCGUCCUGCCUGAGCGCUCCUGUCCCUCACGGGGAGCUGGAGCGCCGGGAGAAGAGCAGGGCUGGCUCUGACCUCGUUCGGGCUCUCCCGGGUCAGGCCGGUCGGUUCGGGCUGCAGGCGCCAGUCCCGGGGCUCUCUCCCUCUCUAAACGGGCACACAGACCUGCCAGAAAGACUCCGAACUUUUUUCCAAGUUUCACAAACGCAGCGGGAUCCUGCCCAGCGCCUCGGGGUGUCGCCUCUAAAAAGGGAGAACCAUCCAGAAAGAGAGCGCGGAGGAGGAGGAGGAGGAAGAGGGGAAGAGGGGCUUAAAGACAGCAGAGCGAGAGGGACUGACAGGGAGAGAGACGGAGUGCCUCGGGUGCGAUCUGGACACGCCCUCCCCUCUCUCUCGCUGGGGCGAUGUAGCGCUUUUCCUCCGCUCUCACUGCUGAUCUGCGGAGUCUCCGGCCGCUCACCCGAGUUUCUCCCUCCGCUGCUGUCGUCUCUCCGGCUCGCCGUUCUCCUCUGUCCCGCGGAACCGGGAGAGACUGACGCUUCGAGCCGGACUCCGGGGUCCGGUUCGGGUCCGGGUCAGCCCGUUCCCCCUGCAGACCGACACCCCGCCCGCAGGAGAGGUAACACGGGGGCGUGGCCUGGCACCAUGUGGAGCUGCGCUGUGAUUGGCUGGCUGCUGCCCGCCCUGUGCCUGGCAGCUCCCGCCCACAUCAACAGGCUGGCCCUGUUCCCUGACAAGAGCGCGUGGUGCGAGGCCAAGAACAUCACACAGAUCGUGGGCCACAGCGGCUGCCAGCCGCGCUCCAUACAGAACCGGGCCUGCCUGGGCCAGUGUUUCAGCUACAGCGUGCCCAACACCUUCCCCCAGUCCACCGAGUCCCUGGUGCACUGCGACGCCUGCUCCCCCGCCCAGGUGCUGUGGGAGGUGGUGACCCUGGAGUGUCCCGGCAACGCGGAGGCGCCGCGGGUCGACAAGCUGGUGGAGAGAAUCCUGCACUGCAGCUGCCAGUCCUGCAGCCGUGAGCCCAGCCAGGAGGGGGCGCUCUUCAACAUCUACCCCCCCGAGCCUGCACCUGAGCCCCCUCAGCCUGAGACUGCGCCCCGCCACCCCGACUUUGAGCUCCCGCACACUCACAGCCACACAAUGCCUCCUGGGGAGGGAUAGUCCCCCUCAAGUCCCAAAACUCUACUCCCUCUCCUCCGCCCUCCCCAGACUGCCUUCACCCAGGACAACAAACGCACUUUGAUAGCCUUGCUGCGUGCCAGCCGCCACACAGACCUGGACGGACCGGGACCCCCCCGGCCUGAGUGGUCACAGCCCCCCCGAGCCGAGGAGAGGUCAGGGUCAGGGCGACUCCACGAGCUCACACUCACCACACUGGCACCACGCUCUGUAAACCUGUGUACCAAUAAAGUUUAAACACUAGAAUCAACAA